CCCCGGAGACCUCGACUACAGAUUCUGCAACUGCAAUGCCAGGAGAAAACAGUGUUAAGCUAGAUGCGGCGGCAACGGAGAAGACUCGCGAGCAAGUAAUGGCCGAAAGGGAGGCAAAGAAGUUGGCGAAACAGGCCAAGAAGCAGAAGACUCCAACCCCAGCAGCUUCCCCAGCUACCACAAUCAUCACCGAAGUGGAGCAGACAACCAUUACCACCAAGCUGACGACCACCACAACAACCACAGCGAAGGAAAAGCUGGAACUGCCAUCGGUGGUAACAGCAAUCAAGGAAAACAAUAAUAUUACUCAACAAAAGACAAACACGUCGCAAGCCACCGUAGAAAAUGGCAAUGAUACGGAAGCUGGUGAGAAAUCUAGAGAACAAAUUAAGGCCGAUCGAGAAGCCAAGAAGGCGGCCAAGCAGGCUGCAAAGGCGGGGAAGGCUGCAGGAGUCAAAGUAGAGGCCACAACACAACAAUUGGACAACUUGAAAGUGUCGGAUAAGACCCCAGCAGCACCUGCGACGACUGCAGCCACACCCUCAGCCCGAGAAGCGAAUGAGGACAAGAAAAAGCCAGCCCUUACUAAGGCCGAGCGUCGAGCUAUCCAGGAGGCCCAACGGGCAGCCAAGGCCCAAGGACUGACGAAAAAGCCCCAACCUGCUGGCAAAGCUCCUCCCGCUGGCAAGGCUCCUCCCGCUGGCAAGGCUGCUCCAGCUGGCAAGACUCCUGCAGCUGCAACCACCAUCCCCAGCAAAGAUCUGAAAAGGGAAAGUGCCUCUCCCACCAAAACAACUACCAGCAGCUCGCCAAGCAAAUCCUCACAAGUUACUUCCCCCUCGGAGUGCCGGGUCAAGCUAUUCAACCACUUGGUGUGCGCCAAGGGUGAUAGUCUGUUCAUCAACGAUCCCCUCGUGCAUCCAGCCAUUGCGAGACUGGGAGUCCAAUAUGCCAAGCGUACGGUGGUCGGAUCUAAUGCACGUUGCAUUGCUUUUCUGCAUGCGUUGCGGCAAGUGGUUCAGGACUUUGAGACUCCGGCGAAAAAGGAGUUUGGUCGCAGUCUAGACGCGGCUGUGAAGCACCAUGUGGAUCAUCUGCACAAGUGCCGGCCGCUGGCGGUUUCAGUAUCGAAUGCCUAUAAACAGUUUAAGAACCAACUCACCCAACUGCCGACGGACACACCCGAAACGGAGCUGAAAGAGUUACUUGUCCACUUCAUCGAUACUUACAUUGAAAACCAGAUCGGUAAAGCUGCCCAGGCGAUAAGUGGCUUUCUGCAAGAAAAGAUUACAGAUGGCGAUGUGAUUCUCACUUUCGCCUGCUCCUCUCUGAUCCAGUUCAUCUGCGAAGAGGCGAAGCGGCGGCAGGUGGCCUUCCGGGUGAUUGUUGUGGACUCCCGCCCCGGAUGCGAGGGCCAGGAAAUGCUGCGCCGCCUGCAUGCCACUGGAAUCCCGUGCACUUAUGUGCUCAUCAAUGCCGUGGGCUAUGUGAUGGCAGAGGCCACCAAAGUACUGUUAGGAGCCCACGCCCUCUUGGCCAAUGGGUACGUGAUGGCGCGCACAGGCACGGCACAGGUGGCCCUGGUAGCCAACGCCCACAACGUACCCGUGUUGGUUUGCUGCGAAACGCACAAGUUCAGUGAGCGCUUCCAGACGGACGCCAUCGUCUACAACGAACUGAGUGAUCCCAAUCAGUUGGUGCGUGGCGACAAGUGCCAGCUGAACAAUUGGGCGGCCAAGGGAAAGCUGUUGCCUCUUAAUCUGAACUAUGACAUUACGCCGCCAGAGCUGGUCAGCGCUGUGGUUACGGAAGUGGCCAUCCUGCCCUGCACCAGUGUCCCGGUGAUUUUGCGCAUCAAGCCCGAUAUUGGCUACUGAAAAUCGUAAUUAUAAUCUUGGAUCACUCGGUAAACACUCGCAGUUGUUGAAUAAAUAAUUUUUAUUACACUUUUGAUCAAAUCGAUAAA